AUGGAUAAAAAAUUAUCAUAUUUAACUGUAAAUAUAGAACCUAUUCCGAAAUAUUACUAUGAUCAUAAAAAUUCAAUAUACGUAGCUACCGACGCAACCCUACAACGUUCUAGGUUCAUCACUAGGAAUACUUUUGUAUCUACAACGAAAGGUACAAUUGCUUUAUUAGAUAUUGCAAAUUUAAAAUGUAAAUUCAUUUCGAAACAUUCUGCUGCCUAUAUAACGAGUUUAGAUGCACAUCCGGAAAGUACUUAUCUUAUCACGGGAAAUAGAGAAAGUAUUUUAAAUUUAUACGACUAUGAGAAAUGUAGUUUGAUUAUAUCUAGAAAGGUUCCAGAUCUACCAAAUUUAGAGACAAUCCUUAAUUAUCAAACGAAAAAGAAUCAAAUAAUUUAUAUCAGCUGUCCACAAAUACACGAAAGUUUGGCUGCCAUUACUGCUCUCAAAUAUUCUCCAACAUCUGAUUUACUCAUCUGUGGUAUGGAAAAUGGCACUUUAUGGGUAUUACAUCCACUAACAUUGGAAUUGUUAGAUGAAUUUCCUUACAAGCAUUCGUCUCAAUCUAUUCGUAAUGUUGCCUUUACCAAAUGUUCGACUUACAUGGCUUAUUCCGAUGAUGCUCUAUGUAUCGUAGUGUUCAAAAAAAAUAAUUCAAAGUCCCUAAAUGAAACUAACAUUUGGAAUUUAAUUGGAAAAUGUCAUUCGCAUUGUUUACCUAUCAGACAAGUAUUAUUUGGACCUUCUGUUAAAGGCAAUUCAGUUCCUCGACUUUUCUCUUUAGGAGAAGACAAAGAUCUUAUUGAAUAUGAUUUAGAAGUUAGUGGACCAUAUCCGGAUCCAGGAUUAAAAAUUUUACAGAUCGAUCGAAUUGAAUCAAAAGCAACUCCUUUGUACAUGGAAUGGUAUCCGAAAUUCGGAGCUGAAACUCUUUUUGUGAUAUCGAAUUCUGAAGUAAUUUAUGACGUGAAAAUUGAACGAAUCAUAUAUAUAUAUAUAUAUAUAUAUAUCUACAUUUUACAAUUUCAGCACAAUAUUUGA